UUAUAAGUCUUAUAUUAUAUUUACAGAUUAGUUAUUGUGAGAUAAACUUUAUAAUCUGUUUGUAAUUGUUGUAAACUUGACAAUGAAUCGUCCACGGAUUCCGUGUGAAAGUGCAUCAUGUGACAGUACAACAUCAGAAUUCAAUUACCCGACUGCUUCAGGAAUAAGUUCUAUGACACCAAGUAGUCAUUAUGCCACUGAACAUUCUGAUAGAGAUUUGGAAAAACCUGAUUUAGGUCUUGGCAGUUUGGCACCAUCAACCUUUAAUCCUAAUGAAAAAGCAGGUGACAUGGAGAGCAAUUUUGGGGAUCUUGCAGACAAAAAAGGUCCAGAUUCAUCUUUCCCACCACCCCAAGAUGUAGGUGGAAGACCGCCUUCUUAUAGUACAAUUGGUGAUAAUAAUGUUCAAAAUUAUGGACAUGCUGCACCUCGUUUCUUUACACCUCAGCAAGGGGCAAUGGAUAAGUUGAGUACCAUUUCUGAUCUACCAGUUACAAUCCUCGGAUCUGUAACAUUGUAUGAAAUGUCAAUCAGAUUGGAUCCGGAACUACUCCCUUCACAAAAUUGGAAGAUGAUGGCAGAAUACAUGCAGUUCAAUAAUUGGGAGAUAAAAAUGUUUGAACGUGAAGCGCUUCGAACAAAAGCUGUUAUCGAGGCUUGGUCAAGAAUGGGAGCACAUACAAUUGGCGAACUCAUAAGUAUCAUACAUCGUGAUAUGAACAGACUCGACGUGAUCACAGAUAUACCUGAUUUUAUACUGAAUGAUGCCAAGAGACAUCACAACAGCGCAAGACGAAGCUACGGACCUGAUUCAUACGGGAUAAUGCCCCCACCUCCCAGCAGAUCAGAAUCAGAAACAUCCUUCACUUCUAUUCAAUCUACAAUGACCGGAGUAACUGCUUGUGAUCUCGGGAUUUAUUCAGAAAAACCAACUGCUCAGAAUAGUUCUCGACCAGUACAAGUACCUGAAAUACAGCCAAGUAUUCAACAGAAAAAGUACGAUGCUUUUGUUCUUUGCAAUAUUGCUGACAAAGAAUUUGUAGUUGAAAGAUUUCUACCGAAAGUAGAAGAUGAAGCAAAAUUGAAUCUUUGCUUUGCUGAGAGAGAUAUUCCACCUGGCAAUCUGACAUUCACAGAUCAGAUGGAUUAUAUGUUCAGUAGAUCUCGGAAACUAGUUGUUAUUCUGUCAGACAAAUUUUUUCAAAGCCGAGAACACGAAUGGCAAUCAAACUUGGCUAUCAGUCAAGAUCCUGCAUCUCGUAAACAACGAAUCAUCCCGAUAAAAUACAAGAAAAUAAACAACCGCAACAUUUUUGAUCAUCUUGGAUGUUGUGAUCUCACUAAAACGAUGAAGGAACAAUGGUUUUGGGAUAAAAUUAUCAACGGCAUUAAGGCUUAAAUAAGCUUGAAAUAACUUCAACAAAACAGCCAUCCUGUUUUACAUUUUCUACAGACUGUGCAAACAAAAACAUCUCAUAUUGCUCAACUUAAUGUCAUUGCGGAAAUGUACAAUACUGUAAUAAAGUUUAAGAAAAAUGUCAAGUCGAAAUUUCGAUAAUUGAUAAAAUCGUUUGGUUUAAUCGUAAUAGCUUAUGCAACCCAUGCCUGACCUGGACUUAGCAGGAGAGAGAUGGUAUACAUAUGAUUGCCUCUCUGCUGGUUAUCUUCUGAAGAUGAAAAUUUAGUCCUAUGCUGCCCAUUAUAUCAGUGGUUCCCAACUGUGUUGUUCAUGACCCCCAGAAAUAUUUUGAAUACGCAUAUCAAUGAGAGUUUUUACAUCUCUCAAAUUAUCUGAUCAAAAAAUAUUUAAAAGGUUCACAACUUAUAUUGUUGGAAGGAUUCAUGCCAUGAAAAAGAUUGGGAUCCAACCUAUUGAACUGUAGAAAUCCUUCAUAACUUAAUUGCUGUUAUUGUGUGAUUGGGUUUAUCUGUAAAUAGUUGUAAACAUAUUUUUUAUUAUUAUGAAAUAUUUCUCUUUUUAGCAUUUUCAAUUUUAUCAUUUAUUAUGAUCAGUAUCACUUUUAUUGUAUAUAUUACUUAAUACUCAUAACUCGCAAAUUUUAAAUGAUGAUCAUUAAUUUAGUACAACAUUUCCCAGUGAAUUUUGUCGGUUUCAUGGGAUUUUGCUUUGUAUUGGCUUUAGUAUUUUGUUUUCAUUGUCAUGAUGAUUGAUGAGAUUCCGAAAGUUCCAAACAAAUGCAAUGAUGUACCCCAGAUAACACAAUAUUGAGUAUUUUUUUUUUUCAUUUUCUUAUUGCCAGGUUGGUUUGAAGCAAUGAGUUUUAAAACUCCCUUUGCUGGGCUAUUUUGUAAUUAAAAAAAUAUUUUGAUCAUUAAUAUUUUGUCAGCUGUAAAAAGAAUUUUCAAAACAAGUUUUGGUCUGCUUAUUUUUUGGAAUGGUCUUGUGUUCUGAAUAAUAUGACAUUGCUAUUGAGAAACUGCCUUUUUUCCUUUGUUCUGUCAAUAAAAUGCUUUGUUACGUGA